AUGGAGUCAAAUACGACACCUAUGGAUGAUCUAAACUGUCCUUCCAAGAUAUCUACAAUGCCUGAAGACGCGGCUGAUGAGAUUAUCCAUGACUCCGUAAUCGGUCAAGAGAUUGUAACUGCAUCUACAGCUGUAAAUAAUAGAGAGAAGAAAGAGGAUGAAGAAGUAACAAUGGAGAUGAGAAAUACACAGGAACAACAGAAGCUAGAGACUGUCGAGGAAAAGACAAAAGCAGAGAUGGAAGUUAUUGUCAUGGAGAAAACGCUUGAUACGACAAUGACAACGAUGAUGAUGGUUGAUGAUGAUAACGCUGAUGAUGAUGAUGGUAGUAGAAAUGAUAGUAAUGAUAGUAAUAUGACUGAAACAACAGAUGUUAUGAUGGAGUUAGCAGUCUUUGAGGAUGAGGAAGAGAAUGAUGAUGAAUUUCAUGAAGCAUUAGAAGAUGGUGUGGAUAUGCUGGAAGAUGAGACAACCAUGAUGAUCGAUAAAUUGACUGUUCCUCCCACGAUGAGCUUUUCAGUAAAUGAGAUGGAAGUGAUUACGAAUCGAAAUGGACGAACUGGUAGUUUGUCCAAGUUUUUAGAUGAUGCAGAUACGUAUCGUCGGAGAUCUUUGCCGUCGUAUCCUGAUGAUCAAAUGUUUACGACCUCGAUGAAUCAGAAAAAAAUGACAUUAAUGGCGUUUUUGGAUAUGCAAAUUGACCCCGUUCUGGAGAUUUUGGAAGAUACAGACUCGGAUAUUCGACUCUGGCUGAUGCAGCCGGAAACAGUAAAAGAGGUGCUUGCGGAGUUUGUGACCCCGCCAGUGCUUUAUGGUGAACCACAUGAGGAAUAUGGCUAUUAUAAGAAACAUUUUUUGUGCUCGGAAAUCAUUAUGAAACUCUACACGGGUGAGGAAGAUUUGUACGAAUCUUUUUCAUCGGACUCAAGUUCGGGAUCUGCUGCAUCCACGGCUGUCUUUGGCUGCCAGGAGAAAGAGGAUGUUGAUAAAUGGGAACAAUUGUAUUCGAUUUUUAAGAAUCCCAUUCCGCUGGAUGAGAUGCAGCUUUUGUUUUUCAGCAAGGCACUUGUGCGUCUGCACGACGGAUUUUGCCUUGAGGAAGGAUAUGUCAACAAUGUACUUAAGCGUUUUUUGCCGAUGGUCAUUCCUCAUUUGUACUCAAAUACUAUUAAGUACAUGCUCACGUUAAUUUUGCAAAGCUACGAGAGCGUGCAUCCCAUUACCGGACGCAAUGACGCCAUGGAAAUUGUAGCGCCGUUGAUUGCCAAGACCACCAGCGUGAACCCGGCAUUACCCGAAAACCUGUCGCUUGUAGAAAAUGCAACCACCCUUCUUGUCGAUAUGCUUCAGGCAAAUCAGGCAGACCGAUUAGGUGCAUUCAGUCGUCGUGAGGGUGGUGUACAUUUGUCUAAGUACUUUGUGCGUGACCAGUUUGGUACGAUCCGUGGCUUUGAGUCGAUGACGCACGGCUAUCACAAUUUUCUACAGUACAUGCUGCUUGAAGAGAUGUCGAAGCAGCCUGCGAUUGUUGAGGAACUUUUCAAGAAUGCUCUGGAUGAACUUUGUAUAAUGCGCGACAAGAAGCUGAGUGAAGUAUCUAGUGUUCUGAACAUUCACGUGGCGUCUGAAUUGUUAUCUUUGUGCCAAAAACUGAUGAAUGAAAGUACAGAAAAUGACGACGACAAUAGCCAAACAGCUGAAACGGAAGUUCAGAACACGCAAAUGUUUGGGUACUCCAGCUUGUCAUCGGAGCAUUAUCCUAACCCACAGCAUGACGCUAACGAGACGUCCAUGUACAAUUUGACGUCACUUCCCCGUAGCCAGGCGCUGUGGACGCACGUACUUGAUGUGGCUCGGAAGUCGUGCGGUUCGUUUGUUGAACAAUUAAACAAGGGACUUCCAUCUUCCGUCGAGAUUUCGUUGGCAAAGUAUUUGAACAACCUUGUGUUGCUGAACGAUGCUAGUGUGGACGAGGAGCUGCAUAAAAGUGGCCUCAUUCAGGCUUACCUUGCUAUUCUAGAGAAGCGACCAUCAUUUGACAUGCUCAUCAUCCAUAUUGUACCGGCAAUCUCGUUCCUUCUUCGUGAUGCUGAUGCUUCUCGAGCAAAAAAUUGCCCCUUGACGAAGGACCUUUUUGGCAUUGAUACCAAGAUGCCUGAGAAUAUCAUUAGCUUGCUGCUACGUGCAAAAGUCGAUAUUCCGUCGCUUGAUGUCUAUGCUGCUAUUUUGCACGAUGUGAUCGAUGAAAUUUUUACGAGCAAGGCGCCAUCUCAAAACAACGCGCAGGUUGUGUUUCAUUGCAAGCGUAACCCUGCGUGGUCAAAGCUUUCGGAGAAGAUCCGGUUUAGUAGCGGUUCUGAAACGUCGGACUUGACCCGUGAUUCUGACGAGAGGAGAAGCUCUGUCGGUGAACAGAUGACUGCAAGCGAACGCAGUCAGAUUGUUGAGCCAGCCCCGAUUGGUGAGGAGUGCGAUGCAUUAGGGACAGCUCAGUUAAGCGAGGAGCAAAGCUCAGCGCCUACUGAGGAUACAGAGACAGCAGCGGAACGUAUCUCCUCAGGCAGAAGCAGCUUAGUUAAAGAGAAAGAAUGCCUGGUGUCUGAGUCGACAUCGACUGUAUCAAAUUCUCAGAAUGCUGAUUUGGACUCCGCAGUUGAUGGACAGCCUACGACUGUUGAAAAGAAUGAAGAGCCAGACGCGGAUUUAAAAAGUAUGGCUUCGUCCUCUACCGUUGCUGACGCAAAUGAAGCGAAGCUGUCGUCUUCUUUAUUGGACAAGGAAAAGAAGGCUGACACUAGCAGGAAUAGUGAGAGUGAUGGCUCGCGCAAGUCGCACUACUUCAAAAAUGUGCUUCAGUCACCUGUGUUUAAAUCUCCAAUGCGCUUGGGUUCCGUUAUUAAGCCUCCAUUUGCUCCACCAGCUCAAGAUUCUAAUUCUUUGCAGGCCGAUGAAGAUGGCCAACAGCGCAACACAUUUGGCUGGAAUAAUGUGUUCAAGCGCUUACGAAAAUCGCUUGUGACGACACACAACGAAAAAACCGACAAGAAGGUAUUGGCGCUGAGUAACGAAGCUUACGCCUCGCCGAACGUGGCUCCACGCCAGACGGACGUGUUCGUAGUGGACACAUCUCGUGGCAAUGACAUUACAACGUUUGUAAAGCGCGAUGCGGGUGUGGUAGUUGCUGAUGUUCCAGUGGCAUCGUCAAGAUCUUCUGAGUCAUCGAUGAACGUUAUUACGUCUGGUUAUAUGUAUAAGAACAAGUAUCCCGAAACAGGCCACAGAAAUGUGUGGGAGCGAUAUUACUUUGUUCUCAAUCGCUCGGACGGCUCCUUAAGCUACUACAUAAGCGAAGCUCAUGCUAAGGACCGCACUUUUGUUCGAGGUACGUCGCGUCCGCUCACGGUGUCAGAGGGCCUUCCCAUGCAUGUACACGGCCAACACGGUGUGUUUGGAUUUCAAAUUAACACGCAAGGCCACGGCGCGUUCAUGGUUCUGGUGGACUCUAUUGAUACUCGUCUCACAUGGCUGACGGAGAUCUUGUUGUGUGUCUCCAAUGCCAACUCAUCGCUUCCGCUUCCAAAGCAGCGUCUGUCACUGCUGCCUGAUGAUGUACCGAAGCAGCGUUUGUCAGCGACUUCGAGCUCGAUUGGCUCAAUGAAGUGCAGCAAGGAGGAGAUGAAAGAACUUGUUAUAGAAUUUUAUCGCAAUUUAUAUGGCCCGAAACUAAAGUUUUCGUCGCCGUUGGAUGCGCCGGCGUCUUUCUGGAUGGAAGAAAAGAUUGACCCUGUAUCUGACGGUUGCGUACUGAGCUCUAAUCUACCCGACUGCGUGCCUUAUUGGGGCGAGUUUCACGGUUACAAGCGAAUAUGUGACUACUGGAAAAUUCGUGACGAGACGGUGGAGCGUAGCAGUGGACGUGUGCUCCGUAUUUUAGUUGAUGAGGACGAGGAGACAGCAGUGGUGAUGACGAAUACGACGUUCCGUAUUUUGCGUAAUAGCGAGAUCGUAACAGAGGAGUCGUGCGACAUCGUGAGCGUGAGCGGUGGCAGCAUCGUUAGCAUCCACUGUACCUUUGACUCGCACCGCAUUGCGCAAGCUUUUAAAAAGGAAGGUAUUAGUGCGUCGUAA